AUGGGUUUGACACAAUAUUUUAUUUUAAUUUGGUGCUUUGCGCGGGUAUUACCCCAGUCUAUUAAUAUUUCCAACCGCGGUGAGAGUGAGAAACAACCCUUCAUACAGAUCGGUAGUAAAUAUUACCUAAUAAACACUGCUACUACGAUGAAUUGGUUCGGUGCGAUGCUUUACUGUCGCAACUAUGAUAGUGAUUUGGCCGUAAUCGAGUCGGCAGCUGAGAUGAAUGCACUGAGUUCCUAUUUACUCAUGUAUAAAGGUCAUACUGGGACAAAUUUCUGGCUUGGUGUCACCGAUUUGGCUGAGGAAGGUAAAUUUAUGUCAAUUAAAGACGGACGUCCAAUGCGGUAUGCUAAAUGGGCAGGCAGUCAACCAGACAAUUCUGGUCAAAAUGAGGAUUGUGUACAUCUUUGGCUAGUUACUAAUAUUUUCCAUAUAAAUGAUGGGAAUUGCAUGGCUCAGCAUUAUGCCAUCUGUGAGCUGCGACAACCGAAGAAGAAAUGUGACGUGUGUGAUUUGAAAAAUUUUAUAGAACGAUACAUGCAAGAUACAAAUAUUCCACACUGUCAAAAUUAGUUAGGUGGAAGUACCAUUUUUAUUAAUAAAAUCGUUGUUUCAUAAUGAUA